UCGCACUAGAGAAGGAAGCACGUUUGUGUGUGCCUGAGCCACUCUCCUGCGACCAAGAGAGAUGGGGCCGUCUGUGCCGUGAGCACGGAGAUCAGAAGAGGGAAAACAAGGACUAGAAGACAAGCGAGACAGGAGAGGACAUCUGGACAGAUCGGAAAGCAGAAGCCCAGGAGAGGAAAAGAAACCCACAGCAGGUGGAAACAAGAUCCAGAGCAAACCAGUCGGAUCCACAGUUGUUUUCCUUCAAGAGAAGUGGCGGAGGAUCGCCCUUUUCCCCUUCAGUUAAUGAAAAGUACUUUUAUCCUCCUAAAAGAAAAGGCUAGGGGGAGGCAGAAAUCUGUUUUCUUAAGGGGAGAGCUGAGGGAAAUCCAGACUGCCUCUUUUUGAAGCGUCUGAAAUAAGCCUGGUACACAUUGCAGAACCAUCCUGUUUUCCGAAGAGCUGCAUCCCUCCCAGGAGCAUUCCAGCCGGAGUCGCUGAAAGAGAUAUCUUUCGGAGGUUGAAAUCCUACUGAGAAAGAUGGAAAAAGGAGCCAGGCACCGAACCAACGCCGAAAAGAACCACCCAGCGGGGAGCGAGUCUAAGACUGGGUCCGGAGAGGGCGGAGUAUCCCUGAAGAAGGAGAUUGGAUUGGUCAGUGCUUGCGGUAUCAUCGUAGGGAACAUCAUUGGCUCUGGAAUCUUCGUCUCGCCAAAGGGUGUGCUGGAGAAUGCGGGCUCCGUGGGCCUUGCUCUUAUCAUCUGGAUCGUGACGGGUCUCAUUACAGCUGUGGGAGCCCUUUGCUAUGCUGAGCUUGGGGUCACCAUCCCCAAAUCUGGAGGUGACUACUCCUACGUCAAGGACAUCUUUGGAGGACUGGCUGGGUUCCUGAGGCUAUGGAUUGCUGUGCUGGUGAUUUACCCCACCAACCAAGCUGUCAUCGCCCUCACCUUCUCUAACUACGUGCUACAGCCGUUCUUCCCCACCUGCUUUCCCCCAGAGUUUGGCCUCCGACUCCUGGCUGCCAUCUGCCUAUUGCUGCUCACGUGGGUCAACUGCUCCAGUGUGCGGUGGGCCACCAGGGUUCAAGAUAUUUUCACAGCUGGGAAGCUCCUGGCCCUGGCCCUGAUCAUCGUCAUGGGGGUUGUACAGAUCGGCAAAGGAGAAUACUUCUGGCUGGAGCCAAAGAAUGCAUUUGCGACUUUCCAAGAACCGAGCAUCGGCCUCAUUGCACUGGCUUUCCUUCAGGGCUCCUUUGCCUACGGAGGCUGGAACUUUCUCAAUUACGUGACUGAGGAGCUUGUUGAUCCCUACAAGAACCUUCCCAGAGCCAUCUUCAUCUCCAUCCCACUGGUCACAUUUGUGUAUGUCUUUGCCAAUGUCGCUUAUGUCACUGCAAUGUCCCCCCAGGAGCUGCUGGCGUCAAACGCAGUCGCUGUGACGUUUGGAGAGAAGCUCCUGGGGGUCAUGUCCUGGAUCAUGCCCAUUUCUGUUGCCCUGUCCACAUUUGGAGGAGUCAAUGGGUCUCUCUUCACCUCCUCCCGGCUGUUCUUUGCUGGAGCCAGGGAGGGCCACCUUCCCAGCGUGCUGGCCAUGAUCCAUGUGAAGCGCUGCACCCCCAUCCCAGCCUUGCUCUUUACAUGCAUCUCCACCCUGCUGAUGCUGGUCACCGGCGACAUAUACACACUCAUCAACUAUGUGGGUUUCAUCAACUAUCUGUUCUACGGGGUCACAGUUGCUGGACAGAUAGUUCUUCGCUGGAAGAAGCCCGACAUCCCCCGCCCCAUCAAGAUCAGCCUGCUGUUCCCGAUCAUCUACUUGCUGUUCUGGGCCUUCCUGCUGGUCUUCAGCCUGUGGUCGGAGCCCGUAGUGUGUGGCAUUGGCCUGGCCAUCAUGCUGACAGGAGUGCCUGUCUAUUUCCUGGGUGUUUAUUGGCAACACAAGCCCAUCUGUGUCCAUAACUGCAUCAAGUUGAUAACCCUGGUGAGCCAGAAGAUGUGUGUGGUUGUGUACCCCAAUGUCGGAGAGAGCUCAGAGACAGAGAUGAUAAAUGAGAACACGGAGGAGCAGUGGCAGCCCAUCAACCAACCCAUUGCCUCCAAAGACAAGAACUCAGUGAAAUAGCCCCAGCCUUGAGUACCCUCUCAGUUGCCUCUGCCCUCCUUCACCCCCUUUCUGCCCUCCUUCCUUGCCUGGGGCCCCCCAACACCUGCCCCCUCUGCUUCUGUCAAGCAGGGGCAGGACCUGGGGGUGAGUGGUAAGAAACUAUAAACAAAGACACUGACAUUUGUAUCCAAAGAACCAGCCCUUCACCCCCAGGACCUGUGCCCCAGACCAGGGCUGCCCAUGUGCAAGCUGUGAGAGGAGAGUGGAGCUGCAGGAGUGCCCUCCUGCCCUCCGGCCCACACCUGGUUGCCUCCUCAGGAGCCUGAGUUCAGUUCUGCCUUCUCUUUCCAUCCCUGAGCCAACGGCCUCAGCUCUGAGAAAAGUGGCAGCAACAAGCAACAGUGAGUAGGUUGGGGAGGGACAGACUCGAGCAAAUCUGUCACCAUUAAAAGUCAUCUGGAGAGACCUGUAUUCCCUCCCUUCACUAGGGACCCAAGAAAUCCUCUGCCCUCUUCCCCACUCCUCCCCGCAAGCCUCUACCCACCCCAGUGUGGGCUCCCUGUACAGAGUAAGAUUCCUUAGGACACUACCCCCACUCCUACAACCCCCUACUUAACCUUCCCCCACACCCCCUCUGAGCUAAGGACCAAUGAGGCAGGGGAACUAUCCCUCCCAUGACCCCAAGCCAGGCCUAUAGAACAGAUUGGGAAAGGCUCAGAUUGCAGAAACCCAGCCCUGUCCCUGUCCCCUGCAUCCUGCCCCCAACUGGGUGCCAAAGCUUCCUGAAGCCAGAAAGUUCUCUCCUAAUGACAAAGCGGCUCAGCUCCUCCUCCCUCCCCACCCCCCUGAAGGAACAGUCACCUGUCACCCAGCAGCUAUGCUCCCAGCACAUACCACGCAGCCAGCACUGCCUGCGCCCCCAUCGUGCCCUUUUCCUCCUCUCUGGACCUUGGCUCCUGAACCUAGGACUGGGUGUGAAGGUUCCCCAAGCCCUUCAGGCCUGAAACCUGAGCCAAAUCUGCCUUAAGUCACCUCCCAUCCAAGAACUGGACCUAAAAAUACUCCCUUAUUUCUAACCUUCAGGGCAGACCUGGUAUGAAAAGUUUUCCCAGGAGAGAGGGUGCUUUCCCCGUCUCCCCAGAGGUGCCAUCUGGGGCGAAAGUGUGUUCUGAAGGCCAGUUCCUCCCUCCUCCCCCAACUCAAACAACCCUUCCCUCUUUCGGGUCUCACCACUGUCCUGCCUUUGGAUGGCCUCCAGGGCAGGGUGAGAAGGCAGUGGCCGAAGGCGCCCUCUGCGGAGGUCCUCAGGAAAGCCUGUGUCCAUGGUAUGAGGACUGACCGAGGCGGCCUUUCCCUGUGCUCCAAAGGAAGGAGGUAGUGUUUGCCCUAGUCCUUGAGCCUGCCCACCACACCUGUUGUGCUAAGAACUAGGACCCUUUAUCCCAAAGCAGGAGUUCCCCCAAUUCCUUAGCCCAUCUGAUUACACCGGAACACCCAGGGAGCCCCUCUGGCCCACUCCUGUCUCCCAGCUUCCUGCCCAGCCUGCCUGCCCCUGCCCUGGUGAGAUGCCAGGUUUGGUCUGAGUUAUGGUCCCUCUGACUGGACUCCAGGCAGACUGGGGCUGGCCCCUGGAGGGUCAGGGGACCAUCCUCUUAUUCCUUCUUCUCAUUCCUCCAACCUCCUUCCCACCUUCAAUUUAUUGUUUUGUGUGUGUUUUUUUAGUGGAUGCCUUACUUUUUGGAUAAAUAUUUUUGAAGCUGGCAUAUCUAUUUCUUUUGGAUUUUUUAAUGUAAGGUUGUUUGGGGGAGCAGGGAGUUAGUUAUAUCUGGGUAAUAAUUUGUCUUUGAGUUGGUUUAAGUUUUAGAGGGUUGGUUGGUUGGUUUUGUGGAGGGCUUGGGAUUUUUCCUUUUGAUGUAAUAAAAUUUUUAAUGGAAAUGA